AUGAAGAUGCACUUCUGCAUCCCGGUGUCCCAGCAGCGCUCCGACGCGCUAGGGGGUCGCUACGUGUUGUAUUCUGUGUACCUGGACGGGCUCCUCUUCUGCCGCGUGCGCUACAGCCAGCUGCAUCGUUGGAACGAACAGCUGAGACGGGUCUUUGGAGAUGGCUUGCCUCCUUUCCCACCAAAGUACUAUCUCGCAAUGACCACUUCAAUGGCUGAUGAGAGGAGGAACCAGUUGGAACGGUAUUUGCAAAAUCUAUCCUUGGACCCAAACGUGUUGAGAAGUGAUGCCUUCAUUGAGUUUUUAAGACAAGUACAGCUGACCACAUUUAAUGUCACCACCAAGAAGACCUCUCUGGAUAUAUCUCUGCCUGGUGGGAAGAGUGUUAAAAUCGAAAUUCUAACAUCAGACACCGCUGAAACAGUCCUGGAGGCGGUGUCACACAGGAUUGGACUGUGCCGGGAGCUCUUGGACUACUUCGGCCUGUUUCUUGUUCGCUUACACAAGGAGGGCACAUUUUCUGUUAUGAAAAAAAUGGCAGACUUUGAACUCCCCUAUGUUAGCCUUCAGAGUCCUGAAGUGAAAGGCUGCAAGGUUGGACUCAGAAAGUGGUACCUGGAUCCGUCCCUGGACUCUGUACUCAUGGACUGCCGAGUGGCUGCAGAGCUCGUGUACCUGCAGGCAGUACAGGACAUCGAGAAAGGAUGGGCCAACCCCACACAGGUGCAGAGGGAGAAAUUAGCGGCUUUUCAGAAGGAAGACAAUCAGACAAAGUUUCUGGAGUUAUCUCGAGAAGUGCAGCACUAUGGAUGCCUGAAGCUGGAUCCUUGUACCUGUGACUACCCUGAACCCGGCUGUCUGGUUGUUGUUUUUGUCGGAAACAAUGAAAUCAGCUGCCACAUAACGCUGCCUGAUGACCAGACCCAGGACAUCAUUUUCCAGAUGAGCAAGGUCAAGUGCUGGCAGGUCACUUUUCUUGGAGCUCUGCUGGAUAUGGAUGGGCCCCAGCGAACUCUCAACCAGAACUUAGAGCUCAGAUUUCAGUACAGCAAGGACAGUCAGUGGCAGUGGUUUGUUAUUUACACCAAGCAGGCUUUUUUGCUGAGUAGCUGCUUGAAAAAGAUGAUCUCAGAGAAGAUGGUAAAGCUGGCUGCAGAGGAUCCAGAAAUGCAGAUCGAAGUUCCAGAACAAGGCAAGAGUAAAAGGAACCACAUGUCACAAAGCCAGUGGAAAGACUAUUCUAAUUUUCUACCAAGAAAAAACAAGAUUUCAGUUAAGGUAGCUGAAGAGAACUAUGUUUUUGGGAACAUAAAGGAAGAAGAUCUUUGA